AUGCCCUGUGGAGUGGAGUUUUUAUACUGCGAUCUGGCGUCUCUGAGCUCUAGCCGGCAGUUCGUCCAGAAGUUCAAGAUGAAGAAAAUCCCUCUCCACGUCCUGGUCAAUAACGCCGGGGUCAUGAUGGUCCCUCAGAGGAAAACCGUGGACGGGUUUGAGGAACACUUCGGCCUGAACUUCCUGGGCCACUUCCUGCUCACCAACCUCCUCCUGGACACCCUGAGAGAGUCGGGGUCUCCCGGCCGCAGCGCGAGGGUGGUGACCGUCUCGUCGGCCACGCACUACGUCGGCGAGCUGAACAUGGACGACCUUCAGAGCAGCAGGUGGUACUCCCCGCACGGAGCCUACGCCCAGAGCAAGCUGGCCCUCGUCCUGUUCACCUACCACCUCCAGGGGCUGCUGGCAGCCCAGGGCAGCCACGUCACCGCCAACGUGGUGGACCCCGGGGUGGUCAACACCGACCUCUACAGACACAUCUUCUGGGGCACGCGUCUGCUCAAGAAGCUGUUUGGCUGGUGGUUCCUCAAGAGCCCUGAUGAAGGAGCCUGGACCUCCCUCUACGCAGCGGUCAGCCCGGCCCUGGAAGGAGUGGGUGGCCGCUACCUUUACAACGAGAAAGAGACCAAGUCGCUCGCGGUCACGUAUGACCUGAUGCUUCAGCGACAACUGUGGGCCAGAAGUUGCCAGAUGACCGGCAUCCCGGACGUGACUGAGGGUGUCUUCUCGGAUAGCUGCCACCUCGGGAAGACUUUGUGCCCAGCUCACCACUCGCAGGUCUGUGAAGGAUCCCCUGUCUGUAUUUUUCACACCCACCUGCCCUCAUAG